AUGCUGCGCAUCCUGGGCCUUGCUGCGCUGAGCCCCGCGCUUGGGGAGGAGUUUCUUAGCAGGAAGAGCGCAGGCACCUCAGCCAGGUGCUUGCUGCGGGGCUGGGCGGAUGACUCGCAGUGCGAGGAGAUGGUGAAGAUUGCGCAGGACUGUUUCUCAUGGAACCCCAUCGACACCUCCAACGUGGGCAGCUUGCAGGGAUCCCUGGGCGAUGCCACGGAGUGUGUGCUCUACAACCUGAAGCUGAAGUGGAACUGGGCACCCGAGCUGUCAGGUUCUGGCUCCAACACCGGUGGCCCUUACGACGUGUAUGGCCAGGGCAACAGCAUCAUCGGGGUUGACACGCCCUCGGGCAAGUGGCAGUUCAUUCUGCACAAGGGCGAGGGCCAGGGCGGGGAUCACGGCAGUUCCGGGACGGCGACGGCGCAGAGCUUGCACCGGGGUGACGCCACUCCGGCACAAGAGAAGGACCUGCUGAAAUUCACCGAGCGCUGCUUCAGCAAGCACAACGUGGACACCUCCAACUUGGGUGCCCUGCAGGGAUCCCUGGGCUCUGCCAUUGGCUGUGUUCUGUCGAAGUGCGAGAAGAAGUGGGGCUGGAAACCGACGCUUUCCCAGUCUGGCUCCAACACUGGUGCGGGCUAUGAUGGCUUUGGGCUCAGGGCUACCGUCAUCGGUGCAGAGACCAGCACCGGCAAGUGGCAGUUCGUUGUCCACUUGAAGUUCUAG